AUGAAGAAAGUCAACUUUGUGUCUGCUGAGGAGAUGGAACCAGUCCAAGAAGGGGAGGAUACACAAUUUGCUGAGGUGUGCUACAUGAGCAAUGGGCAAGGAGGUUACAACAAAGGAUACUAUAACUACAAGUCCAACCCUGCCAUGUCAUACCGCAACACUGAUGUUGCUAACCCUCAGGACCAAGUCUAUCCUCAACAACAAGCAGCUCGAUCGAGUCAAGGUGCCACAACAUGGCAACUACUUCAAGGGCAAGCUGAUGGGGUAGUGGACACAAGCAAGAAGCUAGCUGAAAUAAACUCUAAGAUCGAGAACCUCAACACAAGGGUUUACUCUCUGGAGAAUCAUGCUUCUUCUGUUGCUGCUGCUACAAAGCAAGGACAACUACCUGGUAAAGCUAUUCAGAACCCCAAGGAACAGUGCAAGAGAUUGUUGCUGCUGAGGCUCCUGGAGUCCAGAUUGAUCAACCAGAAGUGCAGGCACCUACUGUGGCCAUUCACACUUCACCAGUUGAGCUCGCACGACAAGCUCGAUCGGCAGCUCGAUCGAGUCAACUCUAGCUCGAUCGAGUCCGACCUCUUCUGUCCGAAGCCUGUUUUGCUUGAUCCUUACCAACCGGUUGCCACUUCCUCGUCUCGCCUACUUAGUCAAGGUCACAAGGAAGUGAUUCACAAGUUCAGAAGAGAUCUCAGUGGGAUUGGAAUUGAGUUGCCUCCUAUGGAUAGCAUGAGUGAGGCAUUUGAUCAAAUGCAAAUGGUCAAGGAUGUUCUAGCCAACAGUGAUAAAGUUUCAGAGGUCCUACAAGAGUCUACUCAUCAGUUCAACCUGCUUACUUCACCCACCUUCCUACCAAAGGUCAAGGAUCAAGGGAAAUUCACUCUCCCUUGCACACUUGGGCAUCUUGAGAUUGACAAUGCCUUAGUGGAUUCUGGAGCAAGCAUCAAUCUGAUCUCUCUCUCCAUGGCAGAGAAGCUAGGCAUUGCUGGAGCCUUGCAGCGCCCUACUACUUCAAUCAUGUUUGGAGAUGCAACUUCUAAGUCUCCUCUUGGAGUGUUCAAGAACUAUCACUUGAAAAUUGGAGAAUGCAUCAUCCAAACUGAUCUCACUGUGAUGGAAAUGGAAGAAGAGAAGGAUUUACCUCUGUUAUUGGGAACCCCUUUCCUUAGUACAGUUGGCGCUUCAAUAGACUUUCACAAGCAAGAAGUGAUCCUUCACAAGGUUGUGAAGGAAAGGGUUGACAAAGAACCAAGAGUUGGGAAGGAUAAGGAUGAGAGAGGACCAAGGAUUGAGAAGCCACGUCUUGAGAGGGCUAGAGUUGAGAAACCACGAUCUGAUAGGCCACGAGCUGAUGACUUGUUCAAGCCCCUUGUGUGCUUGAUGAAGAGAGCCUUCAAGCUUUGUUUGAUGAGCCACUAG